AUGAACAAACAAAUUUCACUUAAGUUUUUUUUUACAUUGAUCUUCAUCUUUGUUUUCGCCUCAUCGGUUAAUGCCAUAACCAGGGGAAUCAAAAAAAGACAAACAUGCGAUAAAACCGCUUAUUGCACAUUUCAAGAUGGUUCAAGCCAAGAAGCUGGUGGCGAACUUCAUUUCUCAGAACAACAAUCCAUGUCCGGUCCCGUUUGUGAUGUGGUUACCUUCGGACAAAUGAAUUUCUUUCCAGGUUCAAGGUCCUCUGAACUUAGAAACUACGAUCUCCAUAUCACCUUAACAUCUUGUAUUCCAGAUGCAUCCUUUCUCGAUCUUGAAGAUUGGGUCACCCCAAUAGAUGGACAAGAUACUGCAAAUGUGUCUUUUUUUAACACACUUUCUGAAGGUAUUUUUCCCCAGGAUUUUUUUACUGCCUCAAAUAAAUAUUGUUGUGUAUUUGCAUACGACGCCCCAUCUGGGGACCAGGUCCUUGGAACUGCCCCAGUCAUGGUGGUUUGA